AUGGCUUCUUCAAUGCUGUAUGGAGUUGAAAAUCUUGCAAUUAUAAGAGGAAGAGUGUCACCAAACGGGUUAGGGUUUAAUGGGUCGGAUUUGCAUGGGGGAAAAUCUUUCCCCAAAAUUAAUUUGGGCAUUGAGAAUUCGAAUUUUAGACGAAUAGUGGAUGUUGGUGGUGGGACUGGGUUCUCAACGUUGGAUAUUGUGAAACAUGUUCAUGCUAAAAAUAUUACCAUUUUGGAUCAAUCGCCACAUCAGCUUGCUAAAACAAAGGAAAAGGAGCCAUUGAAGGAACGCAAGAUAAUUGAGGGAGAUGCUGAGGAUCUUCCUUUCGAAACAGAUUAUGCAGAUAGAUAUAUAUCAGCCGGAAGAAACCACAGCAAACGUAUUCUUCUUCAUUCUUUGUUAUUCUGCAACGCUUCAAGAAUUAAAUAUCAGAAAAUGGAAAUAGGAAAUAAGGUUUACCUAAAUAACAUUGACCAGAUAGAUGAAAAAUCGCAUAUCAAGGUUCGGGUGCUUAAAAUUUGGAACUUUGUCAGAAAUAAUAAAGUUUGUUCCAUUGAAAUGAUCAUCAUGGAUGAGGAGGGUACACAAUACCAAGCUCGUGUCUUCAAUCAGAAUUUCUCCAGAUUUCGUCAUCUUUUAAAGGAAGAUGAAAGUUAUAUAGUUAUAAAACCCAAUAUGGCUGCUGUUACUAAUGGUUUUAGUUAUACAGGUCAUAAACAGACCUUAACUUUGGAUUGGAAAAGCAUCCUAAAAAAAUGUGAUGAUUUCUCGGGUCCGGUCAAUGGAUUUAUGUUUGUUGACUUUAAUUCUAUCAUAGAACAAACAUGCCCAAAAGACACAUUCUUUGAUGUUAUUGGACAUAUCGUGUCAUUUAGGCCUCUUGAAACUUCAAAUCCAGUACCAUCCAAGCAUUAUAUAAAAGUCACUCUUAGCAACCUAGAUUCUGUACAUCUGAAGGUUACUAUUUUUGGAAGUCAAGCAUAUCAAAUUUCAGAAUACCUAAAAAAUAACCCGACUGUUAAUUUUGUUGUUAUCGUGAUGCAGUUUUUGAAGCUAAACAUUUGGAAUGGUCUUGGUGAAGCUAAAAGUCAUUUUGAAGUAACGAAAUUGUUCAUAAAUUCUGACAUUUAUGAAAUAAAUGAGUUUAAAAAUAAGUUGAAAUGUCAUGACAAUUUCGGUAUAACUGAAAAAAGCAUAACUACACUUCAAAGCUACUCUUCUUCAUAUACAGAUGACUUUAAGGGCAAUUUUCCAUUAAAAACAAUCUGUGAGAUCACCGAACCAAUUAAGGAAAUGAAGUUUUUAUUAGUUGCUUCCAUUGUUAAUAUAAGGCAGAAUCUACCAUGGUAUUAUGAAGCAUGCAAAAAAUGUGGAAAAAAAAUUAUCCCUGUUCCCAAAACCAAUCAUUCGUAUACCAACCCUGAGGGAAUUUCAGAAACUAUGGUUGUCGAGUGUACAAAUGCACAAUGCAAAAAAUCUGAAUUUCAGGAAGCAAGGAGGUUGUUAAAUAUAAGUGCCUACGAGUUGAAAAAGAUACAUGAUGCGGCCGGAGACAGUGAUGCCCUAUUUCCAAUGCAACUUAACGUGUUGAAAAACCGCAAGUUUGGUUUUGUUGUAGAUAUUACAGAAUACAAUGUCAACAACUAUAAUAACAUCUACACAGUUCUCAGAGUUACAGAAGAUAUGUCCAUUGUUUGUGAAUUGGAAAGUAAAAUAGAACUUAUGAGUAUUCAAUCUGUCUCCUUAAAUCAAGUUGCUUUGGAAUCCGAUGAUGUUGUACAGCCUGUUCAAAAGGAUGUGAUCUCACAAACAGACGAAAGUUUUACACCCUCAACAGUUGAUAAGUCAACCGCAACAAGUCCUUGCAAAAUAUCAGGUGAUUUGAAGCGCAACCUCCAAGAAAUUUAUGAUGUUGAUUCUGGAUAUGAUUUAAGUUCAACUAAGGCUAAAAGAAAGUCAACCGCAGAGGAAACUCCACUCUUGAUUCCAAAAAUUGAAAAGUGA